UCAACAGCAGAGACUCGAGCCACCGAGCACCAGGCGAGAGCAAUCCACAAGCACCAGCUACUGGAGCCCAGUUCCUCUCUCUCUGUCGGAUAGCUCACACCGUUCUGUUUCGAGGAGGAUCGAGCCGUCGGAGAAGUGCGGCGGAGGACGGUUGUCGCUCUUCGUCUUCGGCAUCAAUUGCCUCAGCUGACACCUUGCUCCCCAAGAACAUGCUUUGGAUGGAAGUGAUCAUCUGAUCCCAGAGGUCCUCCAGUUCCCCGAUUCGGAGCAGUACAGAAUUCUCAUCGAACGGCGAUAGCGGUUCUCGGUCAACGCUGAGAGCUCCUCGGCUGCCGAUUCCCGUGUUCGGUUCCGUAAUUUCAUUAUGAGAUCGGGAGAGUGAAGGUCUCCUUGUCCGAAGAAGUGCGGGAAACUUCCGUGUCCAUGGCAAUGUUCAAGUCAGCCUUCGGCUAUCUGUCCUCAGCGGCUGCCGGAACAUCAUCGACAUCGUCCACCAAAGAUGACAAUGACUUCGUUGGCCAAUCCCUCAAUCUGGCGAAUUUCAAGCUUCGGAUCCUCAAAGUCAUCGCCGAAGGCGGCUUCGGCUUCGUAUACCUUGUGAGAGACUCCAACACGAAUCAAGCGUACGCUCUCAAGCGUAUGUUCAGCGUUGAUCAAGAGAGUGCUGAUUCGAUAGAGCAGGAAAUCCGAGUUUUGAAGCAGCUCAACGAGCAUCCUCAUAUCAUCCAAUUCUGCGCUUCUGCUCCCUCUGAAAGCUCUGGAGGCCGUAGAGAAUAUCUCAUCUUGACCGAGCUCUGUCCCGGCGGGGUUGUGGUGGACGAGCUGAAUAAGUGCAGUUUCCCGUUCGCGCAAACUUUGAAAGUCUUCUAUCAAUGCUGUCUCGCCGUCGAGCACAUGCAUUCUCAAAAACCUCCGAUAACUCAUCGAGACUUGAAACUGGAAAAUCUGCUCAUCGCUAGAGACGGUCGAGUCAAACUCUGUGAUUUCGGGAGCUCUACGACCACGGAGCACAUCAUCGACGACAAAUGGACAGCGCUCAAAAGGAGCCUGGUUGAAGACGAGGUUCAGCGGAACACUACGCCAAUGUAUCGAGCCCCGGAAUGCUUGGACACUUACAGUAACUUUCCCGUCGAUCACCGUAUGGAUAUAUGGGCUCUGGGAUGUAUUCUAUACGUUCUCUGCUACAGACAGCAUCCAUUCGCCGAUGCGGCGAAAUUAGCAAUCUUGAAUGCCAAGUAUACGAUUCCGCGAGACGACUCGGAAUUCGUCGAAGUCCAGCCUCUGAUUCGUGAAAUGUUGACAAUCGACCCACGUGAGAGACCCUCUGUCGGAACAGUUCUGGAAAGACUGCGACUGCUGGCUCAGCAGAGGAAUCUGGUUCUGGACGAGCCCGCAUUUCCGCCAGAUCGACGCUUCAUUUCCCGCUUCCCUGUUUCAGCUGUGGCGAACACGAAUGCCGAGUCGAGUCCGGUUGCUCAACACGCCGACGGGGCGAACUUGAUGAGCUCUCUCCGUGGUGGUGCGGGAAGCUUCUUCAAGAAGCUCGGCGAUACCUCGUCAAAAGUGAUCCAGAUCGCCCAGCAAAGCAUCGGGAAGUCCGAGUUGGACCUGCACUAUAUCACCAACCUCGUAGCAGUCAUGUCGUAUCCGGCUGAGGGGCUCGAAAGCGCUUACCGGAACCACAUUGAAGACGUCCGAGCAGUCCUCGAAAGUCGACAUCAGAGCAACUACAUGGUCGUGAAUGUAUCCGGAAGAAGCUAUACCAACAAUAAGUUUCCUGGCAUCAAAGUCCUGGAACGACCGUGGAAUCAGAAAGCGUCUCCCUCCCUUGAAUCGGUGCUCGAGAUCUGUCACCUUAUGUACAACUAUCUCAAUGGCAAACUGAACGCUGUUGUUGUGCACUGCGAAGACGGGAAACAAGUCUCCGCGCAGUUGGUUGCCUCAUUUCUGUUGUAUUCACAUGUAUUCGCAUCAUCCAAAGACGCUCUGAGCCUAUUCGCCGUCAGACGUUUCCCCGUGUGUCUCAGCCCGGCUCGGAUGCGCUAUUUGCAAUAUGCGAGUGACCUGAUCCGACGAAAAAAUCCCCACGGAAGACCGAUGGUGAUUUCGAACAUCACCAUGAGACCUCCUCCUCUGUUCACGAAAGCUCGCGAUGGCUGUCGACCUUUCGUCAAGAUUUAUGUCGGCAGUGAAUGCGUGUAUUCAAGCUGCUUGGAGUACGAGAAACUCACUCAUUAUCCGAUCUCUUCCGACAAAGUCGAAUUCCCCAUUCCCAACAUCGAGACGUUCGGUGACGUCACAAUUGUGAUAAACCACGCACGAGCUUCCACUUUUGCCAAAACUCGGAUCCAGGCGAUUCCCAUUGCGCAAGUCCAAUUGUACACCGGAUAUGUGGAUGUGUCCUCGGAAGAGCUGCGCUUUCCCUCGGAUGAGCUUGAUUUGAUUGAAGAGCCCGAUCGGUACCCGGAGAAUUUCGAGGUCACGAUCUCCACGAGUUUCUCGGAUAAGGCGUCUCCUGAUCCCCUGGCUGCUUUCAACAAAUAUCUAAACAUAUCCACACAAGCGAAGACGCCAUUCAGCUCGAAAGAAGAGAUGAUCGCAACCAUUGAGCAAUUUCGAUCGAAGAAUUCCUCGCCAGCUCCCUCAAGGCCCCCAACAUCUUCUUCUACUCCAUCGGUGUCAGCUCCGCCUCCUCCGAGACCAAGUCCUCCAGUUCGCCCUGAGCCACCAUUGAUUCCGAUUUCGGAAGCAGUCGAAACGCAAGAUCUUCUGAACUUGGAUAACCCGUCCUCCAAUGGCUCGGCGGUACCGAAUCGGAGCGAGCAAGACUGCGAUGAUCUGUUAGCAUCCUUUUCGGGAGUGUCUGUGGGAGCUGGGGCACAUGGGGCUAGAUCCACUGGGAGUUGUUUCGGGGGAGGCGCAGCUCCGUUGAAAGAGUUCAUGGUAGUCGAGGAUCUCGAUCCCUUCGGCCUGGGUGCAGAUAUAACCUCUCACGUCGAAGACUCCCGACCAUCGGGUGCCGCAGCGGAUAUUUUCUCAACGUCAUCAGAAACAAACACCUCUCCAUCGAACGACAUCUUCGGUCAGUGGGACAACUUCAUGAACACGAACAGCUGCGCUAGCGACGGAAGAUCACAACUCCCGAUGGGCGAAGACAUCGGAGCAUCAGGUGUCAAUAUUCAAAGCGUACCCAGCACACCGCAUGGAUUGGGAAGGAAUGCUGCCAGCUCACCGAAAGGCAGCGCUCUCUCGCCGAAUGGAGGGCUCGGUCGUGGAGAUGCUCCAUCGAAUAUGGCGUCACCGAAAGCUUCGUCCCCAACCACAAAUGGAGAUCGUAAGAAUCUUGGCGAGAACACCUUUGACGACCUUCUGGGAACGCAGGGUUUCGCGAAUUUCGGCAGAAGAGAUCAAGGACCGAAAACUAUGGCAGAAAUGAAGAGGGUCGAGUUGGCCAAAGAACUGGAUCCCGCAAAACUGGCUAUUCUAGAUUGGACGAAAGGCAAGGAACGUAAUAUCAGAGCUUUGUUAUGUUCCUUGCAUCAAAUUGUUUGGGCGGAUGCUCGCUGGGCAGAGGUAGGCAUGCAUCAGCUAGUCGGCGUCAGUGACGUCAAGAAGAUGUAUCGAAAAGCGUGUCUGGCAGUUCAUCCCGAUAAGUUAGUAGGCACCGACAAGGAGGAACUGGCGAGACUGAUAUUCAUGGAAUUGAAUGACGCUUGGACGGAAUUCGAGAAACAACAAGGUUUCGCCUGAGAUGCGAUGAGUGCCGGAUGAGAGGGAUCUAUGGAAUUAUCUACUUUACAUGAAUAUAUUCAUUCAGGAUUGUCUCUGUUUUCGUCCAGGGGCGAAUAAACUGAGCGUGAAUGUUUG